CAGUGUUUGUUGAUAGAUGAAUGGAUAAAUAAACUGUGGUACACAGGGAAAAUGGAAUAUUAUUCAGCCCUAAAGAAGAAUGAGGACUUGCCAUUUUCCACAACGUGGAUGAACCCAGAGAACAUUAUGCUAAGUGAACUAAGACACAGAAAGACAAAUAGUGCAUGAGCUCACUUAUAUGUGGAAUCAAAAAAAUUCAAAUGUAACGGAAAUAGAGAACAAAGCAAUGGUUAGGAGAGAGGGAAGCAGAGGAAAUGGGGAGAUGUAGGUAGAGGAUACAGAACAGUUAUAUAAGAUGAACAAGUUGCCUCUUUUUCUGGCUGGAACCAUGGAGGGCAUAGAAGAGAAGAAGGUUCCUGCUGUGCCAGAAACCUUAAGAAAAAGUGAAAGAAUUUCACAGAGCUGAAGAUCAAGUACAGGAGAAAGAAUUUCGCCCAAAAGAUGCUUUGAAAGGCAAAGAGGAAGCUAUCUAUGAAAAAAUAAAGCACUAUCACAAGGAAUAUCGGCAGAUAUACAGAACUGAAAUUCAAAUGGCUAGGAUGAGAAGACAAGCUGGCAACUUCUAGGUACCUGUAGCACCCAAAUCGGCAUUUGUCAUCAGGAUCAGAGGUAUCAAUGGUGUGAGCCGAAAGGUGUUACAGCUUCUUUGCCUCUGUCAAAUCUUCAGUGGGACAUUUGUGAAACUCAACAAGGCUUCAGUUAAUAUGCAGGGGGUAUAUAUUGCAUGGGGGUACUCAAAUCCAAAGUCAGUAAAUGAACUAAUCUAUAAACAUGGUUAUGGCAAAAUCAACAAGAAGUGAAUUGCUUUGACAGAUAACACUUUGAUUGCUCAAUCUCUUGGUAAAUAUGGCAUCAUCUGCAUAGAGGAUCUGAUUCGUGAGAUCUGUACUGUUGGAAAAUGCUUCAGAGAAGCAAAUAACUUCCCAUUGCCCUUCAAAUUAUCUUCUCCAUGAGGCAGAAUGAAGAAAAUGACCACCCAUUUUGUAGAAGGUGGAGAUGCUGGCAACAGGGAGGACCAGAUCAACAGGCUUAUUAGAUGAAUGAACUAAAGUGACUACCAUGGUUAUUUUUCUAAGCUGAUCAGUUAAUAAACAGUUCCUGCUCUCAAAUUGGAAAAAAAAAAAAAAGAUGAACAAGUUGAGAUCUAAUGUGCAACAUGAGGACUCCAGGAUCGUGGAGUGAAAAUAUACUGGAAUAUUUUCAGAGAAAUAACCAGAUUACCACAGAAGAUGGCGCUGAGAUCACCUGGUAUCAUGCAGCUAACCACAAGGCACAAAUGAAUGAGGCACUGAAAAGUACCGCUCACAUGAUAGAGGCUGAUGUCCUUCUUCCAAGUGAUGGGGCAGAACACAGCCAGCCAAUUAUGGCUCAUCCCCCUGAAACAAACAGUGAUAAUACGCUACAGGAGUGGCUGACUGAAGUUACGAAAAGCAAUAAAGGCAUCAAGCUGGAUUUCAAGAGUCUGGCAGCUGUAGAACCAUCCAUGAUGCUCUUGGAAGAUAUGAAGAGGCGUCUGAAGCGUCCUGUAUGGAUUAAUGCUGAUAUUCUUCCUGGUCCAAAUGGAAAUAGCAAAGUAAUAGAUGCAAAACCAUUUUUAGACACUGUGACAUCCUUCUUUCUAGACGUGACAUUUUCCCUGGGUUGGACAACAGGAUGGCAUCCAGAGAAAGUCAAUGAAGGGUACAGCUGGACCAUGGUGAAAGAGAUGGAAUAUAUAUGUAAUGAACUAAGUCAGCCUGUAACGUUCCCUGUCAGAGCAGCAUUAGUGAGGCAGUCUUGUUCUCAGUUACUUUGGCUGUUAAAGAAAUCAAACAGGUACAGCCUGACUAUUUGGACCGGAAGAAAUGAUAACUAUUCCAUUGAAGAUUUACUUUACAUUAGAGACCAUUUUGACAAAAACCAAGUUUUCUAUGACAUCUUGGAACCACAAAACCAUGAAUUUAAACAAGCCAUUGGAAUCAAAGUUAAUCUCUAAGAAGAUUCUCCUCAAUUGUUUCCUGUGUUUUAGUUUCAUAAUCUUUCUCUGCAUUGGUCUGAAUUAAUUACCAUGGUUACUGGUUUAUGUUCCAAGUCAUCUAAUCAAGAAACACUUAUUGUGUGCUUACUCUGUGGGCAUAUGUCCUUAUAAUAGUGCACUUACAUACAAGAUUUGGAAAGAAGAGAUUUAUUUGCACAUGUAGGCCUAGUCUAAUAAUAAUUCAGGAAAACGAUACUCUGCACUCCUUUAUAAAAAGUGGUUUUGAUAAACUGAAGAUAAUUGGCAGAAUCUGUAUGUCAUAAAACAGGUAUAAAUCACAUUUGCUUGGCACUUGCAUUGCAGAGAUUAU